CUCAGCCCGUCAGCGAUGACGCGAGCGACGGAAGCCGUGACGGCACCGAACCCGGGGUCCGUGUGACCGCCGACGGCAUCGUCCUCGUCGUCUCUGCGCUCUCGAACGUUCCGCUCGCCUCCAAAUAACCCACACCCGAGGCCGGGGAGGCGGCCCAUCACUUCCCCUUCCGUCGCUUCCUCCAUCGGCCGCUUGCUCCGUGGUGCCCGACUCGGCGAGAGGCCUCUGCCUAGGAACAAAAUGGAUGAACAGAGAAUAGCUCGAAUAUCGGUCACUUGGAGAGGCAGGCAACUUGACGUUGAUGCAGACCCAAGAUGUACGAUCAAGGAAUUUGGGCAACUGCUCCAGGAUUUGACUAAUGUUAAACCAGAGACGUUGAAGCUCAUAGUUCCGCAAUCUGCAAACAAAGGUUCCAAGCUGAUCAGUCCAUUUUCAGACACCCAUUCAAGCUUAACACUGAAAGAAGCCGCUAUCAGUGAGGGUAAGCUUAUUAGAAUGAUGGGUGUAUUUGAAGAUGAAAUUGAGGAAGUAUCAGACAAUGGAAAAAACCCAGAUAUGCGGAUAAUUGGAUUUGAAGAGGAAGAACAGCGGCUGAGGCAACGAUCUUCAGGCAGGCCCCGAGUUUCACUGAAACUUCCACAGGGGCAAUACAUCUUCUGUGAUUUUAGGACACUUCACUUACCUGGGGUUGAGUUGAAUCCACCACCUUCGGAAGCUCUGAAAAGAAUGCACAUGCUUGCAUGUGACCCCGGCAUAAUUGCGAUCAUGAACAAGCAUAGAUGGCGAGUGGGAAUCAUGACUGAAAUGGCACCAGUGGGAUAUGUAGGUGUUAGUCCGAAAUGCAUUCUUGGCUUCAAUAAGAACAUGGGAGAGGAGAUAUCCCUUCGCCUACGGACUGAUGAUUUGAAAGGAUUUCGGAAAUAUGAAAGUAUCAAGAAAACUCUGCUCCAUGAACUUGCACAUAUGGUUCACUCUGAGCAUGAUGCCCUCUUUUUCGCUCUUAAUAAGCAGUUGAAUGAGGAAGCUGCGUCCUUGGACUGGACCAAAUCAAGUGGACAUGUGCUGAGUGGCCGCAAAAUAUUUGAUUCCUAUGAAGAUGAGUUUGAUUUAGAACCGGAAGCUCAUGUUGUCGGUCACAAGCUUGGAGGGCGAUCGAGUUCACUGGCAAGUUCCCGUGUGUUGCCAGGGGUAGCUGCUUAUCAGCGUCUCUUGAGUGCAUCAUCAACAGAUUUGGGGAGUUCCCACAGUAGUGUUACUAAAUCUGUGGAGAGAUAUAAUGUGCAAGGUACACAAGCAGAACCUGAUCCGGAUGAUGCUGGUGAGGAUUUUAUUCUGGAAAAUGUGAAGGCGGAACCAGACCCAGAUGAUAAUGACGCCAUGCCUAUUGAUGUAACAAUUGUGACAUCAGGAUCAGCAGGUUUUGUAGCAUCUACAGAGCAGAAUGCCAAGAAAAGCUCUGUUGGUUGCCUAGAACCUGAUCCUGAUGAUACUGCAGAUGUUGACAUGCUUAACAAGGAGAUCGAUGGUGAGCAUGAUAAUGAACCUGAUCCUGAUGAUGGUACUAGUGAAUUCGUCUUGGAAUCUGGAAACACGAUGGAAGUGGAGAUGGAGCUGAGAACUGACUCCACAGUUCUAAAAUCGGAACCUGAUCCUGAUGACUCCUCUAGCUCUAUUCAAAACCAGAAGGUGAGCAUUGAUGAGAAGCAUAUGGGAGAGCCUGAUCCGGAUGCUAGUAGCUGUGGAGCUGCUUUGGCAUCUGGAAAUAAGAUCCAAGCGGAGAUUGGGCAGAGCAGAAACCACUCAAUUUUGGAGUCUGAACCUGACCCUGACGAUCAUGCUGCUAAUUUAAAGAGCGAUGAGCUGCAAAGAAUAGAAGAGCCAGUGGCAGCCCUCUGUUCGCGCCUCCAGAAGGCUAUUGAAAUGCUCCGGUCGCAAGCAACACCUUCAGAGGCAGCCUCUGCACUUCAAACACUCUUCAAAAUUAUCAAGAAUGUGAUAGAGAACCCGAACGACAUUCGUUAUAGAAGAUUGCGCAAGACCAAUCCGCAUUUCCAAAGGAGCGUGGUGAAUUACAAAGCUGCGAUGGAGGUCCUCGAGUUGAUUGGCUUCUGCGAGGAUGUCGUCUCGGAUGAGAUUGGGCGUGCGGAGACCUACCUGGUGCUGAAGAGGAACGAUCCUGGGUUGCUGUGGCUUGCGAAGUCCUCCCUUGAAGUAUCCAUGGCUUGAUAAAACUUCCAGCUAUUAUUAUAGCCUGUCAGACUGUAUACCUGUAUAUCAUGACAUUUCAUCCCCUUUGUGCUGCGAAAAUGGUUUAGUGUGCUCUUGUGCGAUGAGAAUGAGAACAUGAAACUGUGGUGUUGUUUGUCAGCUUCACAAUUGUAUAUCAAAUAUAUGUGAUUGCAGAUA